GCGGGCGCGGGGCACACGGGACACCCGGGACACACGGGGCGCACGGGGCACAGGUACCGCGGGCGGCCCUGCCACGCACCCCCGGGCCGAGCUGCGAGCGCUGCGGGGCCGGGCGCCGGAGCUCGGAGGGGCCGCGGCGGCGGCGAGAGCUCCGCUCAGCACAUCGCCCAUCGCCCAUCGCCGGGCCCGCUGCCCCCGCGCCGGGCUCCGCGGGGCCGCUGCCCGGCGGGUCCCCAGGGAGCGGCGGAUCCCCGGGAGCGGCGGAUCCGGGGGAGCGGCGGAUCCCGGGCAUCAGCAGAUCCCCGGGAGCGGCGAAUCCCAGGGAGCGGCGGAUCGCAAGGAGCGGCGGAUCCUGGGCAUCCUCGGAUCCCCGGGAGCGGCGGAUCGCAGGGAGCAGCGGAUCCAGGGAGCGGUGCAUCCCGGGCAGCGGCGGAUCCCGGGCAGCGGCGGAUCCCGGGCAGCGGCGGAUCCCCGGGAAGCGGGGGAUCCCCGGGAAGCGGCGGAUCCCAGGCAGCAGCGGAUCCAGGGAAGCGGCGGGCGCGGGGCUCGGCGCUGCCCGCCCGCCGGGGAUGCGCUGAGCGGCCGGCCCGGCUCGGAGCCGCCCCGUGCAUGCUGUGGGGAUACACUGUCGCGAUAAUAAAUGAUAGAGGAUACCAUGACUUUGCUGUCUCUGCUGGGUCGGAUCAUGCGUUACUUCUUGCUCAGACCGGAGACCCUGUUCCUGCUGUGCAUCAGCCUGGCCCUGUGGAGUUACUUCUUCCACACGGAUGAGGUGAAAACCAUUGUUAAGUCCAGCAGGGACGCGGUGAAGAUGGUGAAGGGCAAGGUGGCCGAGAUCAUGCAGAAUGACAGGCUCGGGGGGCUGGACGUGCUGGACGCUGAGUUCUCCAAGACCUGGGAGUUCAAGAGCCACAACGUGGCUGUCUACUCCAUCCAAGGCCGGAGGGACCACAUGGAGGACAGGUUCGAAGUGAUCACCGACCUGGUGAACAAGACUCACCCCUCCAUCUUCGGGAUAUUUGAUGGGCACGGAGGAGAGUCGGCGGCAGAGUACGUGAAGUCCCGCCUGCCCGAGGUCCUGAAGCAGCACCUCCAAGACUAUGAGAAGGACAAGGAGAACAGUGUCCUGUCCUACCAGACCAUCCUGGAGCAGCAGAUCUUAUCCAUCGACCGGGAGAUGCUGGAAAAGCUGACUGUGUCCUACGACGAAGCAGGUACGACGUGUCUGAUCGCGCUCUUGUCCGACAAGGAGCUCACCGUGGCCAACGUGGGGGAUUCCCGAGGAGUCCUGUGUGACAAGGAUGGGAAUGCCAUCCCCCUGUCCCACGACCACAAGCCCUACCAGCUGAAGGAGAGGAAGAGGAUUAAGAGAGCUGGUGGUUUCAUCAGCUUCAACGGCUCGUGGCGCGUGCAGGGGAUCCUGGCCAUGUCCCGCUCCCUGGGAGACUACCCCCUGAAGAACCUGAACGUUGUGAUCCCUGAUCCCGACAUCCUCAGCUUUGACCUGGACAAACUGCAGCCAGAGUUCAUGAUCCUGGCCUCUGACGGGCUGUGGGACGCCUUCAGCAACGAGGAGGCCGUGAGGUUCAUCAAGGAGCGCCUGGACGAGCCGCACUUUGGGGCCAAGAGCAUCGUCCUCCAGUCCUUCUACAGGGGGUGCCCCGACAACAUCACAGUCAUGGUGGUGAAGUUCAGGAGUAGCAGCAAAGCAGAAGAGCAGCAGUGAGCAGAGGCUCCCUCUGAACUCGGCACAAACACAGUAGGAAGCUCGAGUAAAAGCCGCUCCGAUUCCCCGCGGGAGGAGCGGACGCCUCUGCUCUUUGUUCUGUGCUUGACAACAGGAGCAAUACAACAAAUCCAUGCUGAGCAAUGACAGGAAUUCAGUUUGUCCACACGUCCCUGCCUCUGGUGACCUUGCUGCUGCUCCUCCAAAACUGACUGGAACCUUCCAUUGCACCAUUUUCUUUACGAAUCCUGUGCAGACUUCCCGUUGGAUUCCUCCCCUCCCGUCUCCGAGGUCGGUCCAGGUGCACGGCAGGGCCAGGGCAGUGCUGCUGCUUUUCCCCCGUAGCUGGGACUGCUCAUGUUCCUCAUCCCUUUAACCCACAGUGAUAAGGCUGAAUAGGAAAAGGUUUGUGAUUAUUGGCCUCUUAUAUGAAGGAGGAAGAGGAGCCAACUCUCCCCCUGCUGCCACACUCUUGGCUCUCUCGCUUCAUUCAACCUCACCCCCCUUCAACAAAUCCCUGCCAAGCAUGUGAGUAGGUAGAGAUACUGAAUUACCUGAAGCCACAUGUUUAUUCAGGCUGUGCAUUACUCUAUAACAAUUCUAGGCCAUAUUGUAUCCAAACCAACUCAUGGUAAACUUCAGCAAAAUACUCUGAGGUCUGACACCUUCUGUGUGAGAAAACAGCUCAGCUGUGAGAGCAGAGUGUUUGUCCUCCACCAGGGAUCGCCCUGACCUUAUUUUGUUGGCAUGGACUUGGAAAGCAAUGCAAGGUAAAAUUAAUUUCAUUAGUGACUUUUGGAAAACUCCUCAGAGCAGGGAGUUCCUCAGAGCUGCCUGAGUCAGGGCUGCUCACGUGGUUAUUCCUGGUACCAACUGCAGAUGGAUUCGUGGUGUUAAUCCCAGGGCACAGCCUUGUUUUGGGAUAAUGUACAAAUGCCAGGCAGCAUCGUUGCACUGUAGAGAUGAAAGCUUGUGUUAAAUCUAGAGAAAAGCCUGCUUAGAUCUAACUUUCAGUAUUUAAUUGUGUUUUGGAACCUGUGGCUGCUGUAAGUUUGAAGGAGGACAGUGUGAGUUUGUUCUGCACGUGGUAACAACUGCUGAGGGACAGGGUGUGUGAGAUGAACGGACCAGGCUGGAGAAUUGUAAUAAUCCUUGGAAUCUCCCUGCAAAACGUGGUCCUGGACCAUCUGCUCAAGGUUCAGGGCGCUGGAGGUUGUUGGUGUUUGGGUCUGGAGGGGAAUCAGAGAUCUGCUGCAUUAACUGGCCUGUUCUUGGGUGCUGAGCAGGUCUGGGUCUCUCAAGGAGAAAAUCAAAGAGCACAAAAUCCUGCUCGAGAGGGAAUUCCUAUCUUAGUCUUUUCAGUUUUGUUCCUAGGUUACCUCUCCCCCAAGGGACCUCCCUCCUUUAAUUUGUUGGGGAUAAUCACAGCUCUUAAUUGGAUCUGUUGCCUUUACCAGUGCUGUCCAAAACGUGUAGGGGAUCCCUUUGCAGCCUCUGCUCAUCCCAGACUCCAAGUGGAGCCCUUUGACUCUGAAAAGUGAAAAGCAGGAGAGGGAAGUGUCCAGCACUGCUCCCUCCCUGGAGGAUGGGAGGCUCCCAACUUUUUUAAUCCCUUGAGCAGUACACGCAGUGACUUGGCAAUGCAGCUUGGCAGUUCAAUUGAGCAGCUCCCAGGAAACAUUAAAAACUGCAGAGCACUUCAGUUGUUUUACUUUGAGAAGGUGUUUGAGGUCAGAAGGCUGGGAAAUGCAAACCUUGUGUGGUAUUUCCCUGGGAGUGCUCAGUCCUGGAGCCAGGAAUGGCACAGCAGCAGUAUCAGAGCUCCAGGCAGAGUCUUUCCUGUGUCCUUCACAGGAGAUGUUCCAUUGCACCAGCUCUCCUUUGGAGGACACAGCCUGGGGAGCUGCCCAGGGAGAAGGAGAAUCUGACCCAGCAGCUCCAAAGGAGAGGGAUGUUUGUGUAGCAGAGGCAUCACCUUCACAGGAACUGGGGGAGUUGGAACUGGAAUGAUGGUCAGCUCCCAAAAAAACAUAGUAGAUUAAAAGCACUGGAGUGAAAGCUGCUGGCUGCACUGAGCCUCCUGCAGCUCCCACUCCCGAGGUGAGUGAGAAUCCCUGAGGGAUCUGUGACCUUUUCCUGAGCAUCCCUGAGGGAUCUGUGACCUUUUCCUGAGCAUCCCUGAGGGAUCCAUGACCUUCUCCAGAGCUUGGCUCACUGGCUGUGCUCCAGCACUUGUGACAGACAGGAUGACAAGGUGGCAGGAAUUCCCAGCCAUGAGGAGCAGUGGGAGCACUCUGGAAGCAAGCCCUGCUCACAGGAUUUAGGAAAACAGUGCAGUGCAGUACAGAAGGGGUUUGCCUGGAUGUUUAUUCCAGGAUCAUUCCCUCUGUCACUCCCAGCCCCUCCAGGCAGGCACCAAUCAGCCCUGUUCCAGCCUUCAAGUGUCUGCAGCUGCAGCAAGAGCUGCUGGAGCACCUUCAGCUUCCUCUGCAGCCUCCUCUCCCCCUCCCUCUGCACUGUCCUGGCCAUCCAGGCCCAUCAUCUCUGUUGAGCUGGUGAUUUUGGCUUUUAUUACUUUAAAAAACGAGUUUCAGCUACUUUAGGUGUGAAGCUGAAGGCCUGAAGGAGGUGAGAGGCUUUGUGUGCUCUUCCACCUCCGUGCUCAGUGCCUGCCUGUGCUCCCUGCUGCCAGCCUGCAAAGCUUUUCAUCCAAACCCAGACAUGUAGAACUUUGCUGAUUUGUGCCAAAUUCUGUCGUGACACAGCUGUGGGACGACAAGGUUGAGUAAUGUACCUUUUGCUGAUGCAACCUGAACAAUCCAGGGUUCUCCCACUGCCUUAACGCUCCGUCCUCCAGCUGGGAAGGGUUGCCAGGUGCUGUAGCCAGAAAUAUCCACCGUGGCAGAAGGGGUUCCUCCCUGCUGCUCUCCUGCCUGGGCACCUCUCCAAAAAAAAGAGCUGCCUUUUGGUGGCAGUGGCCAGAACACAGCUGGGAGCUCCUCUUGCCAUGGAAGUUUUUUGGAGCCCGAGCCCGAGUGGCUCCGCUGGUGACAUCUGUUCCCUCGGGAAGAGCCUCCUGUGGCACAGAACUGAGGGAUUGAGUUGCUGCCAGAGCAUCUUUCCUGUGGUCCAGUGUGACAAAAUGUACCUUGUUCAUUAGUUCAGCUGGUCCAGUGCUUAAGGAAUUGGGGCUGUUCCCAGGGAUGUCACAAGCUCCCCAUUAACUCACGUGGGACAUUUUAAUGUUCAGUGAUCGGGAUUGGGAUCAUGGAUUGCCAUGGAGUUCACCACUCUGAUUAUACACUGGGAGGGGUUCAGACAGGCUGAUCCUUCCUAGAAUUCCUGGAAGGGCUGGGACUUUCCCUGCUUGUCCCUCCGGGGCUGGGGUUGGUGGCGCUGUGGCUCCGUCUAGUGGCCUGAGCCUGCCCUGGGAAUGGGAACUCCGCAGCAUUCCUCCAAUUCCUCAGCGGCUCUCUCAGCCCGUGUGGCAAAGGGGAGGGAUUUAAAGUCCCCCUUGUCCCUUGUCUCCCGAGCUGGAGUCAGGAAUUCGUUGCUCACCUCAGGGCUGGCAGGAGACACCGUUUUAUUUCACACCAAACCGAUCCCACUCCUUCUUCUGUUGCACCAUCCAGCACCAGGCACAGGGAUCUCAUCCCACAGGGAGGGGUGGCACGGGUGGCACUGUGAUGGUGGCACCACCUGUACUCCUAGAAUGUCUAAAAAUACCCAAUUUGACACGAAUGAGCCACUUUUACUGAUAGAUUGUCUAGAUUAAUAUAAAUAUAAAUAAGGCAAAUGCCAUCCAGCAUCACGGACUGUCCACUGACUGUGGGUGCUGCUGCUGUUCUUACACAGUUAAACCAUUUACAGAGGUAAAAGUAAAAUAUUGGGAAGGUUUUCGAAUCCAGGAGUUAGAACUGAAGUGCUGCACCAGCCUGAACAGUGUUUGCUGCAGAAACACCAAUGCCACAGCCUGAAAAUAAGGGAUUUUGUGUCCAGCUGCCUCUCAGGAUACAGGACAGCCCUGCUUUAAAUAAUAUGGAUAUAUUGCUAAUGUAGCUGAUACUUGUUUUACACAGAGAAACAUUUAGUGAGUGAUUAUACUACAGAAAAAAAACCAAACAAACUUACCAGCCUUUCAUUUCCCAAAGUAGGUUUUUAGGCCUCUGUACAAAAUUCCCAAGUUUACAGUUGAGAAUGUUCUGCUGGAAUUUGGCAACUGCAGAGCCUGGAGCUGCUGCCCCUUGCUGUGCUCCAUAUAUUCAUAAAUGACCUUUCUAAACCUGAGAACUCAGCAAAAAAAAAAAAAGAGUUACUACUGAGUUGAAGUUUAAUUAGUUUUAUUUCUGUGGUGCUGACCAGACAAGGUUUAGGGAACCAGCUGUUCCAGAGUUUUCCCUUAGGUAACUCAAAAGUUCCAGGUGUCUCCAGUUCUCCAGGAUGGUCUGGGUGCUCUGGUAAGCAAAUGGAUGCAGCUGAAGCCUUUCUAGAACCAUAAAUAAGAGGCUCAGGAGCAAUUCUUGAGACAACAGUUUGUCCUUCACUCCUUUUUAGGUUAUGAAAUGUUUAAAUAGCCAUGUAACUUCUUUCAGCAGAAGCUCCACAGGUUGGGGAAAAUGCUGUUAUAAUCUCCAAAAUACACAAUUUUGGCAAAUUGCUGGGCUAAGUGCCUGUGAAUGCUCCCAACAGCUUUCAAAAUGUGGAUUUUUAAAGCACCCACCUCCUUUUCCUCAAAUGUCUUUCGAAGUGUGUGGGACCAAACAGCCAACACGCCAUCCAGGCACCAAUUCCCAAAUCCCUCAGUGCUGGUGUUUCCUGCAAUGAGCUGCACCUGCCCCUUCUCCCAGUGAACAAAAUUCCUCCUCAAAAAUCAGUUCUGCAAAGUCUGAACCUAAAAAUAACCAUCCUGAAAAUCCAAGGCCUCAUAAUUCUUUAAUCAUCUCAACAUAAUGUGGGGUUUUCUUCCCGAAAAUUAAAAGAACUCCCUCUUUUAAAAUAGAUUAAAAGAAACAUCAGGUUCUUAGAGAUAUACAGAAAUUACUUUGAACCUGUAAGAUUGAAGCUUAAUGUCCAAUACAGAACAAUUCCUACCUGGCUGUAUAAGGUAUUAUUUUAUGGGUUUAUACUUGAAACAGAGAACCAUAUUAUGUUUCUAAUUAAAUCCCUGGAUCAUGGAAUGGUUUGGGCUGGAGAGGACCUUAAAGCCCAUCCAGUUCCACCCCUGCCAUGGGUAGGGACACCUUCCAUUAGCCCAGGUUGUCCAGCCUGGCCUUGGACACUUCCAGGGAUCCAGGGGCAGCCACAGCUUCUCUGGGCAACCUGUGCCAGGGCCCCCCCACCCUCCCAGGGAGGAAUGAGAUCCCUGUCCUGCCAAAAUUUGGGAUCCCUGCCACCUCUGCUUUGGGCAGAAACCUGAUAAAAUUCCAUUGUUUGCUGUGCAUCCAGGCAUCUGUGAGUUACUUGCAUUGAAAUGCUUUAGCAGGGACUGGGAAACAUAAGGCAAAACUUUGGAAAAUAUGCCAAGUGUCCUGGGAAUACUGAUCACAGGGAAUGCUGCCCCUGCCUGGUUUAUUUGGAAUUCGUUUGUUCCAAAUGCACACAAAGCAUUUCAGCAUUUUAACUCCUCUGGAGUAACAUCCAGGCAGGGAAUUCCACAUCAGAACCCCCCUUUGCUCCCCAUCCAGCAGCAAUUCCCAAACAUCUUUGCCCAAUGGAUUAUUACCAUUAGGCUUUUCAAGUCAGAAACCCCAAUUUUCCUAUAAAAUCACAAGUACUUGGAAUUCUGAUUUACUACAGCUUUUAAACCACUUACUGCAUGAGAAAAAAAACCAACCCUUAGGAUCUGGAAAAAUUUUAGGCAUUUUUAAUACAAUAUUUUAGGCAGAUGCAAUAAAAUUUGGGCCCACCUCUGACUUCAAUUCUUAGAUUAGCUCAUGGUCUGAAGGUUUUUCACCUCCUGCAUGGCUGCUCAUGCUAAAAACUUCCCCAAUCAUGGCUUUGAGCAGAAACAGGAGCUUAGUUAGGAAUUUUACAGUUAGGAAUUUUCCAGCCUUUUAAGCAAUAAUAAGGUCAGACUCAAACACAAAUCAGAUUUGGAAAGGAGGGGUUUUUCAGAAAACCAGGACUCAUUUUCCAGUGGGAUUCGUUGCAGAGUUGCUGUCACUGUAGGUGACAAUUAAUUUCAAACUGAUCACUGUGUACAAACCUUUGUUUGUUGAGCAGUGUCAGCACUUGGGGCACAGAAACCCCAAAUACUGGCAGGUGGUGGGUGUGUUUCUGGUCCUCUGUGACCCUCCUUUCUCCCUCACCAGGACCACUCUCUGCUUUAUCUAUUUUCUGAAGCCUGCAGAGUCAUAAUUACAUUUUUUUUUGGGGGGGGGGAAGCAAUAAAAACUGUGCUGUAGUAUCAGUGUUCUUGUGGCAAAUAAUUUAUUUCUGAACACGUAACAUGGCAGGCUUCUAAAAAACAGAGGGGUUUGGGUUCUGAGAUGUAAGAACAAUCAUAGAACAAGGCAAAUAUUUCUCACAGAGCUCUCAGGAUCUGCCCAGAGAACAAUCAAAUCCCAGAUCCUAAACCCGUGGCACAGCUGUAGUUGUACCUGUUUCUGGAAAUACAAGAGCAUCCUUCCCUCAGUUACCCAAUUAUGUAUCUUCAGCUAUUUAACAAAAAAAAAAAAAAAAAAACUCUUAUUUUUUAAAAACUUCGAUCUUACCAUCCAUCCUUAGAACACUGACAUCUUGUCUAGAGAGUGUUGUCCCCCAAACCUCACUUUUAUACCUAAAAAAAUACCCCGUCCUCCGGUCCCACCCGACCCCCACGUGCAGCUGUUGGAAAAGAGCCAAACUCAAUCCCGACCACAAGGGAAUGAAGGCACUGCUGAAACCUCCCCCCCGUGGUCCUGGAGGUUUCUGCACCUCUUGUGGUUUGUCUCUAGGAGACACUGUGCAAUUCUGCCAGGCAAAAUCCCUGGGAACAGGAGCUGCUCCAUGGACAGGAUGUCACCGUAGUCUCCUCCCCGUGUAGUGGAUGUGUCCAGAUUAAUUAUGUUCAUGCAAUUGCAAAAUUCUGUAUUGUUGUCUCUUAGAAGUGUAAACUACUGAAAACUGGGCCUUGCUGAUAUGAAUAAAGUGAUUAAAAACUGGUCUUUA